AUGAACUUCCCUCCAACGGAGAUCCAACAAUUGGUAGAGGAGAUCGCUGCCAUUUUGCGGUCGAAAAAUCAAACUCUAGCCAUCUCAGAAGCCGCUUGUGGUGGCCUUCUUUCUGCCUAUCUUGUAUCUGUUCCAGGCGCUUCAGACUUCUACAUUGGCGGUAAGCUCGUGUACUCUGUUCGCCAGCGAUUGAGGCUUUCUGGAUGGUCAAAAGAGGAUAUUGGUAAUUAUGUGGGUCCUUCCACACAAGUUGCAUUGAAAUUAGCUCGUACAACAAAGUACGACUUGGGAUCAACCUACGUUCUUUCAGAAACGGGGUUUGCAGGCCCUACCACAGAUUUGCAUCUCCAAACAAACCAGAAUCUGGACGCUGGCGUGGGCACAGUGUACUUUGGUGUGAGCGGGCCCAAAGGAGAGCACACAUUGAGUUGUGAGACAGGAAUUUCGGAGAGAUCUAAAAACAUGACAGAGUUUGCCCGUUUGGGCUUGAAGUUCUUGUUGGAAACGCUAAAGGAAGAGACGAGCGACUAA